CAGCUUCAGUGGCCCCAAGAACUCACUCAGAGCUCAACAAUGGCGUCCUCUUCACUCACCUCCACUCUCACUCCUUCCUCUCCCUCACUUUCCUCCAAAUCCACUUCUUCUUCUUCCGCCGUUAUAUCCUUCUCUCACAGCCUUAGGCCUUUCACUGCAAAAUCGAACCUUCUCCUUCUCUCCAACAAGACCAGAACAGGACUUUCCGUCGUCAAAGCCCAGACUCUCGACUUCUCAGGCUCCUUCUUCGAGGGCGGGAUCGUGUCGGACGAGGACCCGCCGUCGCCGCCCGGGCCGGGCCUAGCCGCCGUCGAGGACAAGGAGGAGCCCGAGUGCCCUCCUGGCCUCCGACAGUUCGAGACCAUGGUCGUUCUCAGGCCCGACAUGUCCGAGGAAGAGCGACUUGCCCUUACCCAGAAGUAUGAAGAGUUGCUUGUUGCUGGAGGGGGCAUGUACGUGGAGGUCUUCAACAGAGGAGUGAUUCCACUGGCCUAUAGCAUUAAGAAGAAGAACAGAGCCGGUGAGACUAAUACCUACUUGGACGGUAUCUAUCUCCUCUUCACCUACUUUACUAAACCCGAAUCCAUCGGACCUCUAGAAGAGAUGCUGAAAGCUGACGAUGAUGUCAUCCGAUCAAUGAGUUUGAAGAUAAGGAAGAGGAAGUACUAGUUUAGUUCAAUUCACUUGUGUAGCUUUCAGAGAGAGACAAUUUUUGGAAAAGAGAAGUCACCUGUAUGUACUGUGUAAUAUCAUAUGUUCUUGAUCUGAUUUUCAUUCCCUUAUAAUUCAUAUUCAAUUCGUUUUUGUAACAUCUUUGAAUUAAUGAAUAGGACAAAAACAUGCAAAAAUCAUCAAGCUUGUCCUUGUUUCAUGGUUUGAUGGAAAUGUAUAUUCAUCUGAAUAAUAACCCGAACUGUAAGAGUAAUCAUGAUCCACCCAAGUA